AUGACCUUGAAAAUUAUUCACACCGUCAUCCACCUGAUCAGCGCAGUUUGUAUUAUUGUUGCACUAAUUGCAGUGGUCGAUCAGCAUAACAGGGCCAAAUUGCCGAACAUGUACAGUUUACACAGUUGGGCAGGAAUUGCGAGUAUAGCCAUGUUUUUCGUCCAAAUUAUCAUCGGCACAGUGGCGUUUCUGACUCCGAUAGUGCCCGUGUACUUCAAGGCGUAUCUGAUGCCCAUUCAUAGAUUUGUAGGCACUGCUAACUUUGCGAUGGCGGUGGUGGCAAUAAUAUCAGGAAUAACGGAGAAGUUGAUAUUCAUGGGUGCGGCUGAGUACGGGAGACUGCCCUCGUACGCUGUGAUGGGCAACUUCCUCGGCAUCACAGUCAUUCUCUACUCGGUGGGAGUGGCCAUCCUCGUCAUCUAUCCCGAUUUCAAACGAGUAGAAAAGAACAAGUGA